AUGACUUCAACUGAAGGUAUAAAUCAUGAUUAUAAUAAACAUAAUAUAUUUAAAAAACAUUAUACUCACAAAAAUAACAAUAAUGUAGUAGGUACAAACAAUCCAGAUGUAAACAUAAAUCAAGAGAGCAAAGAUGAUAAAACUAGUGAAAAACGCGAAAGUAGGAAUAUAGAUGAUGAUUUGACAACUACUUCAACAACAGCUGCAACUGCCGAUAAUAAAGAUAAAGAUAACAACAAUGACAUUGACAAAGAUAACGAUGAAUCUGAGGAUAAAGAUAUUGAUUCCGAUAAUGAUGAUAGUGGUGAUGAAAAGUUAGCUGGAAGUAGUGGUAUCAAUAAUAAUAAUAAUAAUAACAAUAGUAGUGGUAAAGUUGUUAUUGGUAAAGAUGGUAAACAACAACAAUUGUCAAAGAAGGAACUAAAGAAACUCGAAAAGGAAGAGAAGGAACGUGUGAAACAAGAGAAAGAGCGAAUGAAACGCGAAGAGAAAGAACGUUUGGAACAAGAGAAAUCGGAAAAGGAGAGAAUCAAACGUGAAGAGAAAGAACGUCAGAAACUGAUGAAAACCAAAUCAAACAGUGGAAGCAAUCGUUCUUUGAAAUCGAUGGUUGGUACUGGUAGUUCUUCAAGCUCAUUAAAUCUUCAUCAAGCGGCAGCGAACGAAUCAACUCCAUCCUCACCAACAAAUAAAGAUGAUAAUAAUAAUGAUACCGAUAUCAUUAGUAAUAAUAAUGUAAAUAAUAGUAAUAAUAAUAAUAGCGAUGAAAAAGAUAAAGAGAAAGAGAAAGAAAAAGAUAGUAAGGAAUCGACCAACAACAAUGAUCAAGAUACAAAUAGUAGUGAAUUAGAUGAUUCAAUUGAUGAAUCUACGACAGCAACAGCAACAACAACACCAGCAUCACCAAUAUCAAACAAUAAUAAUAACAAUAGUAGUAAUAGUCCAGUAACUAUAUCAUCACCUGCACCUGCUUCUUCUUCAUCUUCUUCAUCUGGUGAUAAAAGAGAAGUUGUCAUCAUAGUAACACGUGCAUUCGCAGCAGUCGUUCAUCAAAAUGUAUUGGCAGAAGAAGGUGAAACUAAAAUGCGUAACAAAGUCAUCAAUGAACUUAUCAAUACUGAGAAGGAUUAUAUUGCUGAUUUGAAAGUUAUUAUUCAUGUUAUUUUAGCACCAUUAAGAGAAAGUAAAAUUAUUGACAGACAAAGAUAUAAAUACGAUAUUCUCAAAUAUUCAGAUGUUGUUGAGUUACUUGGCGGACUACCUGAAGAUCUACUCGUCGUACUGCGCCAACCAGCAGAUCUCACACGAUCACCUGCUGAUGUGCAUCAAGAAGCAACCGGCAUUCAAGCAGUUCUUGGACGAGCGACAAGCGAUGCCAGAGUGUCGACAGUGUCACUUGGACAGCUUCCUGAUCAAGCCGAUUCAACGUCUCUGUAA